AUGCCCGCACGAAAGCGAAACAAAAAUCACACCCCUCAGGCUGCAAAACCUGAACCAGCAAACAUGGCAGAGCCAUCCUUCGGAAGGUCUCAUCGAGAACUUGAAGAAGAAAUUGCAGGUUAUCCUGAAGUCCAACGUAACGAGUUCCUCACAACGAGAGCAAUCUACCCCGAUGAAUUCGAAGUGGUCCAUGGACGAAAGAAUGCCUGGCAGACCCGAGAGAACUUAGCCUUUCAAGUCCGAAUUGGCCCUUUGGGAGACAAUGAUUACUUUGUCAAGCUUAUAUUUGAGUUGCCACCAGAGUACCCGAAAGUCAUUCCCAAGAUCGACAUUGUGGCAGUACAACCUGACGACCCAGAUCUUAAGAAGCAACUCAACCACAUCAUUUCAACAUACCCCGGUCUACAUCGUGGAAGCGAAUCCGUUUACGAGGUCAACAAUGCCAUAAUGGAUCUUCUGGAUGAGACAAUCAUCGCCAAAGCAGCUAGCAAGACGGAGUUCAGUCUCGAAGAAGAACGAGCAGCACGAGAAGCCAAGGAGAAGAAGAUGUUGCAAGAACGAGAGGAAUUGGCUCGAAAGCAAAAAGCCGAUGAAGCCGAGAAGCAGGAAAACCUUCUUGUCACCCAGGUCGAAAGUGAGAAGCAACGCCGUCAGAAAUCGACACUUUCGAGGAAAUCCACUGCCGAAGAUAAUGCCAACCUCUAUGACGCCCCGGAAGAACCCGUCACAUUCGAUCAGUCAAUGGUUGCUCGAGACAUGGUGACUACCCUCCCAUUCAAGUUCAAAGCAGUCGCUGGCAGGAGUGUCAUUCUUAAACGAAAAGAUAAGAAGGUCACCAUCGUUGCUCCCAGAGUGGAUGCAAAUGCAGUCCAGGCUCCACAAUUAUUGUUGAAACAAAUUUACAUUCCCGAGUCGAUCGCCGCCAAACAGGAUAUGCACAAAUGGAUGGAAGAGAUCGAACAGCUUCUUGAGUCUUCCAAAGAACAUCGCAACCAGAAUGUUGUAGAUCUUGUCAACUACCGAAUCGAACACGUCAAUCUUGAUGACGGCUCAACCUCAUGGAAUCUUGCAAUACUUUCUGAGUACGCAAACAAAGGAUCGUUGUCAGACUUACUCGAGCUUUCGGGUCCACUCAACGCAAACAAGAUUCGAUCUUGGGCUCGCCAACUCGUGGAUGCAUUGAUGUUCUUCGAUCAGCAAGGUUAUGUUCAUCCUGCUGUUCACGCGAAGAAUAUAUUGAUCUUCCUUUCUCCAAGUGGUGGCAUUACUGUGAAAUUGUCAGAUGGAUACGGUACAAAGCUUAGAGAUCUCGUCAACAAAGCCCGUGACCCUGCCGCCGUCGUUGGAGGAGACUCACCUCUGUGGAUUGCACCAGAAUUGAAUGGUAGCAACCCCACACGCACAAAUAGAACCUGCAUCUGGGAUCUUGGAAAAGUUAUUGUGCAAAUGGCGCUCGGCAAUAAUUUUCAGGAGAUGUACACCUCUCCGCUACAAGUUUUGGAAGGCACCGACUUGGAGGAAAGUUCUGAGAAAUUACUGGAGCACCUUUUCCAGCACAACCCCGCUAAGCGGCCAACAGCGUUCGAAUUGUCUCAUAGAGAUUUCUUUCGGAAGACACAUGAAGCGAUCUUUCGAAGAGAGUCACCGAAUCUACCAGGAACUCCAUUGCGCCAGAGACGACAGAGCAACAAGACUGACAGCAAGUAUCAUACCGAAUGGGAAGAAAUCGAGAAACUCGGGAAAGGCGGUUUUGGUAAUGUCUAUUGCGCACGCCAAAAGCUUGAUGGCCAGUUUUAUGCUGUCAAGGUCAUUGAGAGCACUUCGCCACAAGAACUCAACGAUAUUGUUGGUGAGGUUACACUGCUAGCGAAGCUCAACCAUCCCUACAUUGUGAGAUACUACACUUCCUGGAUUGAGAACGAUAAUCUGUCCUUGGAACGACCACGCCCUUCCACCAAAACUCAGCAAACAGCAGUCUCCAGACGACAAGCAAUGCCCUUGAGUACUGGUCACGACUUUAUGGAGCCUUCCAUCUACCGCAACCAGGGCGCUGAGUUCAGUGAUUCGAGUAACGGCAAUUUGUUUGGUUAUCAGACUCCUCCAGCAGCAAACUCGCAAGAUGGCUGGGAUAAUGAGGACGAUGUUUUUGGCACUGAUCCAGAACCACCAACCGAUCAGGACAUCACCUCUCCAGAGUUCACCGAUACAAACCCCUUUGCAUCUUCAUCCCAAGGAGGGGCUAUUGCAGACUCCUCUGGUCCUCGUUCUAUGCACCCUUUUCGACGUCCGUCUACUCCACCAGUGAAAAUUCCAGAGAAGGCCAUGCUUUACAUUCAGAUGGAGCUUUGCGACAAGAGAACUCUGCACAAUCGUAUUGACGAAGGUUUGCAUCGCGAUCCGGAUAUGGUUUGGCGCUUGUUCCGACGCAUUCUCGAAGGUCUCGCUCACGUCCAUAGUAUCGGCGUGGUUCAUCGAGAUCUAAAGCCGGCCAAUGUCUUUCUUGAUGCUCAUGACAACCCAAAGAUAGGCGAUUUUGGACUUGCGACAACUGGUCAAGCAACGUCGAAAGCAGAGCAGGCUGAUGCGGGAAUGACUAUUGGAAGAUCAACUGGAGUCGGGACAAAAGGUUAUACUGCACCAGAACUCUAUCAACAUGGUAGCAAAUAUGAUGCAAGAGCAGAUAUGUAUUCACUCGGUAUCAUGUUCUUUGAGAUGUGCUGUCCUUUCACAUCAGAUAUGGAGAGAUCACUACUGUUGACCGCAUUGAGAAACCCAAAACCGACCCUUCCCGCACUGUUCAAUGACGAACCGUACCGCAAGCAGGGUGAGAUUAUUCUCAAACUGGUGCAACACAAAGUGAAUCUUCGCCCUCAGGCAGCGGAACUUUUGGUCAGCGAUUUGAUCCCUGAACCCUUGGAGGAUGAGAAGUUUCAACGAUACAUUGACAGAGUUGCAGCAGACAAUCCUGCAGAAUAUCAGUCUUGGGUCACCAAAUUGUUCAACCAUAAAAACAGUGCAGUCUCAAAUCUUGCCUGGGAAGACAAAAACGCCGUUGGAGUUACACCUGGAAGCUCAAUGCUAUUGAUGUCUAUGGGUGAUCAAUUGCGAGACAUUUUCCGUCGCCACGGAGCUACUGAACAAACCCGACCAGGAAUAUUUCCCAAAGCAGAUUCUUAUGAAAAGGCUGCCACAUUCAUUGAUCCUGCUGGUCUUGUUGUUCAACUGCCAACUGAUCUUACCCUUCCACUUGCGCGAUCGCUUGGACAGACACGCUGUCGUUACAAUAAGACUUUCUGCUUUGGUCAAGUAUACCGUGCCACCGCGCCAGGACAAGAACCCAUACAAGUACCAGAGGUCGAUUUUGACUUCAUUUCCCACAACGCUCGAGACUUGAACAUCAAAGAAGCAGAGGUGAUCAAAGUUCUUGAUGAGGUUUUGCUCGAAUUCUCAGCACUGGCAAUCCGAUCUUGGAUCAUCUAUUUAAACCAUGGCGAUCUACUGGAUAUCAUCCUGGAUUUCUGCCGAAUCAAAUACUCCAGCUACGCGAAAGUGAAGCAGGCACUCUCUCACCUGAACGUAGGGAAUGUCACAUGGAAAGAAGUUCGUGAACAGUUGCGUGGCUCAGCUCUCAAUAUCCCAGAAACAUGUGUGUCAGACCUCUCUAAAUUCAACUUUGAAGGUUCUCUCGAUGAAGUUCGGAAACAACUCACCAAGGUAUUGGGCGAAAGCGAACACCUCAGCAGAGCACAUCCUCAUUUGACUCGUCUCGAAGAACUCGUUCAAUUCAUCAAGAGAAUGAACGUACAAACAGAAAUUCGAAUUGCUCCUCUGAGCAACAACUCAGAGCAACUCUACCGAGGAAGCAUUGUUUUUCAGUGCAUCGAGACCAGCACCAAGAAGGUGCUCGUUGUGGGCGGGAGGUACGACGCACUCAUCGCGGAGUACCAGACCAAGCACGAACGAGGUUCGAUCCGAGGUGUCGGCCUCAGACUCAACGUGUCUGAGCUGAUCAGCUACACAAGGACGCAAGUCCAAUCCCUCCUCGGUGGGAAGGGGUCCCGCUCUGCUGGCAUCGAUGCCAGAGCGGCAUCAGCGCUCGCCCGGUGUGACAUAAUUGUCACCAGUUUUGACCAGGGCACGUUGAGAACAACGUGCGUCGACCUUGUGUCGACCCUGUGGGCCGCCGGCAUCAGUGCCGAAUUGUCAGAAGAAUGCUGUUCCUUUGAGGAGUUGGAGUCGUUGUCCAAGGACAACAACGUUGGGUUUUGGGUGGUCCUCGUGCGCAGUGGCGCAGGAGACCGUGCGUUGAAGGUGAGGAGCCCCUCCAAGGAGGAGGACGAGGUGAGGGUUGUUGAUCUGGUGGCGUUCCUUCGUCGCAACUUGCGACGCAAGUAG